AUGCAUCGGGAAAUUCAGCGGAAGGAACUGGAGUUUGCUCACUCGGAGCUGUCGCUAUCGAUCAGCGGAAGCAAUGCUGCACGAUUAGCCCAGAUGCCCAUGCUGUCCGCCAUUGCUGACAAAACAAGCGACAGCGGCAAAAAGGAACAUGAAGUUCAGCUUUGCGUAAAGGCCUACGUCUCUACGGUCUGCCUGAAUAUUCAUGUACGUUAUGGUCCCCUUCACAAAACACGGAAGAAUCGUCUGCUGGCCAAGGGCAAGUUCAAGUUCGGCAAGUGUGUCCACAACAUCAGCCGGGGAUCGCAAGCUGUUGACUACAGCAGUGCGUACCGGGUGUUUCCAAGAGAGUCGGAACUAUGCCAGGGCGAUGCAAAAGUGACGCAGGUCCUUUGCUGCUGGCUGGCAGCGGAAGCCAGCGGCCAGCGCUUCCAGCAGCAGCGACUGGAACAGACAACAGCGGGACGGCGGCCACAACAGAAGCAGGAGGAUGCACCGCGCUAUCAGGAUGUCCUCCCAAGAUCGGCGCCGGCCAUACCUCGCUACUAUCCUCCGGCGCCCGUUCAUUACGUCAGUAUCGGCGAGAAGCUGGACGGAGAGUACCGGUUUGGCUAUGACUCCGGCAACGGCCCCCUGGGACACAGCUUCCGCCAGGAGUUCCGGCUUCCCGACGGCAGCAUCCGCGGCUCCUACGGCUACGUGGACUCUAGGGGACACAUGCGCCGCGUGCACUACACAGCCGGCAAGAGCGGCUUCGUCAUCCUCAAGGACGAGCGCAUCCUGGACAAGGAGCCACCGAAGGACACACUCCUCGGAAAAGACGACUUGCUGAGCACUACGGCUUCUCCUGCAAAGAAUGAUGAGGUGGCCCAGCGAGACCAACAGCUUCUGCCGCGAGCACCGCAGUUCCAGGAGGAAAGCCGCCAUGUAGAGACGCAGCAGUCACCUAGGGCCCAAGUGGCACCCGUGCCGCUGCCUUCCAAGUCGGCGCAGGAGAUUCAAGCCGAGUACUUCCGCAGCCAACUGUACGCCUCGGGCACCGUGGCGCGCGAGCAGUACGCCGAACCCGACGCCACGGCGCAGCCCGCCGUCGUAGCCGAGGAGCAGCCUCCGCAGCAGCCGCUGCAAAAGCCCCGCAUCGCCAGGCCCCGCCCGCACAGGAGGAGGAAACGCCCAAAGAAGACCACCACCACCACAACCACCACCACAGAGGCUCCCGCACAGGAGUCGAAGAGCGAGGAAGCUUCCAGAGAGGAAGAGCCACCCAAAGCCAUUGAGGCACCAGAACCUCAGCCAUCACCGGCUCCUCAGCGUCCCUCUUCCAUCCUGAGACCAAGAAAGCUUCACCGACCACCUCUGGCUCACCUGCCCCCUCCGGGACAGCGCCAAACUUCUGUGCAAGGACCUCCUCCGCUACAGUCGCCACCGCUGGAACAAGGACCGCAACUGGCCCAGUUCCCAAUUCCGGAAGUGCGGAGACCCGCUCAACUUCAGCGGGUUGCGACCGACCAGCAAGAGCUUCCUCAAGCUCAGAGACCUGUCCAAGGUCAUGGAGCUCCACAAGUCAUCCAAAGGCACCGUCGACCUCCGGCAACCGCAGCACCGCCACCGGUACAAGAACGCCAGCCGCAGGGGCCUCGAGACAUAGAAGUACACAGGGCGCCUCAGCGCUUCGGUUCGGCACAACGCCAAUCCCAUGUUGUGCGUGAACCGGAGGUUCAGCGAGCCCCGACCACACGGGCUGAGCCAGCCGCCGAGCCCUACGUGCCACCUCCAUCUCUAGUCGACUCGACACAUGGCAUUUCCGGAGGCACAAACUUUGGAUUCGGCAUGCGCCUGAGCGGAAGGCGCACUUCACAGACCAUUGUGGCUCAGUCAGACCAAAGCCGUGACCCCGAAGUUCAGGUAGAGGAGCGACCGACUGCUUCACCGCGCCACAGGAGCCGUUACCACACAACGAGGCGGACUCGCCGACCCACUCUCUCCAUUGAAUCCGAGUUUCCCGAAUUUCCGGUGACCAGGGCGCCGCACCGAGCCGCCGCCGGUUUGCCUUCUAAAAGAAGGCGAGUGAAGGUAUCCAGGCCUGUUCAGCUUCCUCAGGUAUCCACUGAAGAAAUCACGACACCUGCGCCCACAACAACCACCACUCCAGAGCCUCCGCCGACAACUACUUCCAGCAUCGCGACACCCGGUACCCUUCCGGUAGUCACUGUGCCUUCUGCGCCUGGGCUAGUGACUCCCGUGUUUCCUUCGGCUGAGCAGUCAUUCUACAGAACGCAUGGCCUCCCACAGGGUCCUUACAACACGUACGGCCAAGCCGUCACGUUGCCACAGCAACCAUUCACUCAGCCUUCUCCAUUCACUCCCCCAGCCACCGUGGCAGAUACGCCGGCUGUGACUGCGGCACCUAGAGAAACCCCAGCUCCAGGAGAUAGAGAGUCUGAUGCCUCACCGCGAAGGCCUGUAGACCAGCCAAGCGCAGUUGUGUCACAGCAGGGACCACUGCUGGGACAACCAGGCGCAUUCCCACUGCCCCCUCGUAGCCAGUUUGGACAGCCCUCUUUGUUGCCCGGGCAGGCACCGCCCCACCUUAAUUCUCCUUUCCCUCAAAGGCCUAUCUAUCAGCUGCCAGGAUUUAACCCUGGACAAAGUCCUCCUGUUCCACAGCACUACUUCCCACCCCUUGGAGCGCCGUUCGUGCCACGGAACAGCACAUUCGUGGAAGACGUUCCCGUGCCAGGCCAGCCACGGGUACCAGAAGGCUCUCAGGCACCGCCUCAAAGGAACAGGACAUCGGAAGCUUUUCCCCUUCCAGUUCAACGAAGCUUCGUUGACGCUUCGGUGGCGGCGCAAGGUGGGUUCGGACAGCAACGGCCAGCGUUGGCGAAUCCCUACUCCGCAGUGCAACCCGCUCACGUGUUCGGACCCCCUCCUGGAAGCGUUCCUACAUUCGGUGGAUUUCCCAACCAGUUUCCUGGGGCACCAUUCCGUGGUGCGCCAACGCCGGAACUAGUCGAUCCCCAAUUCCGCGGUCAGACAUCGCUCCCACUGCCCAACCAGGCAGCCGCCGCUGCUUCCCAAACAACUCCAAGUCAGCAGCGUAACAGUUUCGUCACAGAAGCGACACCUGGUGUGACCCAAGCAAAUGAUUUGGGAACGACGCCUCUCUCUCUAAGCUCUCCUUCUACUGCAGCCGAGAACCAGUAUGUUGAUGAUGUCGGCACCUCCCUGCAACUACCCACAGCCACUCCUCCUUCGGCGUCCUCGCUAUCUACGCUUAAUGGUGAGAGGACAACUUCAGCGCCAUUCGAGUACCAAACGUCGAGACCGUCCGUCCUCCAGUACCAAACUCCAUCGAGGCCUAGCGAACAGUUUGCUACUUCGCCCGCUGUGCCUCUAUAUCAGACGACACCGAGGCCGGCGCCGCAAUUCCAGCAGUCUCUCGAACCACAGCAACGAACAACUCCGGCUCCCCAGUCCCAGCCAUCUUCUCCUGGAGCGCCGCCUUCAAGCCAGAGCCACUUUAGGCUCGGCACAUCACAGCAGCAGCAACAGAACACGAUCGGUGCUCAACCGCAGUUCAACAGCAUAGGAGGUGCACAGCAAGGGUACGAUCCCUACCAGCAGCAGUUCGGAGGCGGAUACCAGGUUGGAAACAACCUGUUCAGUCCCGUUCAGCAAACGUCGCAGGACCUCGGAGGAGGCUACCAGUAUCCAGAUUCGGGUCCAUUCCAGGCGCAAUUCGGGGGGCCCUAUCAGCCUCAAUAUACCACCGUCGAUGACUACUCACAGUAUCAGGGAUCCGCUGGCCUAGGCGACAUCAGAGGUAGUGGCACAAAUCAACAAGGAUACAGGGCAACGACACCUCCCGCGUUCGACAGUAGAUUGCUCUCAUAUGACAUAGGGGUUCCCUAUAGGUCAUAGUUUUCAUGUUGCUUCAUUUUCCGAUGAAUGGUGGUAAUGUGACGCUACGCUGUGCCCAGAAAUGAAUGUACAGAGGGAAAAAAAUUGGGCAGAUUCUGUUUUGAGUCUUCGGGGCGCUUGAGUGCAAGAGAUUUAGGUUGAUGGUCUUUGGACGAGGAGAAAAAUUUAUGAAUUGUCUUGCUCGACAACGGCUGCUGAACGUACGUGUGCAUACUACUAUUUUCUUUUGUGAGCGCAUUGUUUCGUUAAAAAUGGUAAUAAUAAACAACUUCGCUCAUACUGAUGGAGCUAUUACAAACCUCACAUCAAGCAGGCGUAACAUGUACUUGUGCUACACAGAACAGGGCUAGAUUUUGUCUACUUCUGUUAGUUGUAUCUGUGGCUUAAAAUUGUUAAUCUGCAGCGCUCACUUGAUUAUUUGAAUAUCCGAAACAUAGAGGACCUUGACUUGAUGUAAGAUUAAGUUGAAUGGAGCUUCGCAAUAUUCUUAUGAGCAUAUCGCUAGUUUCCACAAACACGUAAGUGAAACACCUUUACUCAGACCUUUAACGUUUCUCUCGA